AUGAGCAAUGUAAAAUUUUAUUCACCUCCAAAGGCACACGUCGACGUUCUGGCCAAACCUCUCGACAACACCGAUCUCGUCAUCAUACGAGAUCGAGCGGUCUCGUCAUCACACGAGCCCGAGAAAACACCGAUCUCGUCAUCCGAGAUCGAGCGGUCUCGUCAUCACACGAGCCCGAUAAAACCGGUUUCGUCGAAGCACGAUCCCGAGAAAACAAGUGUUGCCGAAGCGCGACCCCAACCGGUUUUGUCGAAGCACGAUCCCGAGAAAACAAGUGUUGCCGAAGCGCAACCCCAACCGGUUUCGUCGAAGCACGAUCCCGAGAAAACAAGUGUUGCCAAAGCGCAACCCCAACCGGUUUCGUCGAAGCACGAUCCCGAGAAAACAAGUGUUGCCAAAGCGCAACCCCAACCAAUUUCGUCGAAGCAUGAUCCCGAGAAGACACCGAUAUCGUCAUCAUAUAUCGAGCGGUCUCGUCAUCACACGAGCCCGAGAAGACACCGAUCUCGUCAUCAUACGAUAUCGAGCGGUCUCGUCAUCACACGAGCCCGAUAA